CAAGAGCAACGAGUAGACACGCUUGCUCCGCAUAGAUCACUCCAUCCUUACAUAGGACCAGUAGUCGUAACGUACAUCGUCGCUUGCGAAGGUGCAAUGGAAGAAACCGUCUCCACUUUGGCAACUAAGCUCGGAUUACGCACGUGAUUUCCCCUGGACGUCCCGUCUCAAGUUGGCGUGGCACCGACAGUAACGUUUGACAAUCGUGUGUUGGUAAGCUCCUGAACCCAAUUGUGGGAUCCAACCGUUUCAUGUUUCCACUUACUUGAUAUUCCCAUGUAUAUACACACGUGUCUCCCGCGGAUAUGAGUACAGCAAUCCUAGCGAAUCAUCGAAUCACAUCAAAAUGGGGGAUAUGACGCUGGAUGUCGACAUGAGCGGCUUUUUCCUUCUCUUCGCCACAAUAUGCGCCUUCUUAGUACCCAUCGUGCUCAUCCUUCCGCCGGUGCCGCUGCAGAAGAGCGAUGCGCUGCUGCAGACGCACUCCAAAGCCGGCCUCGCGCCGUCUAAGAGCAACCUCAAGAGCCAGCUCUCACCCGAGCACAAACCCCGGGAUGGCCAAGCCCCCAAGAUCCAGAGCCUGAUGAUCUACCCGGUCAAGUCGUGCAAGGGCAUCGAGGUCGCCAAAGCCAAGGUCGUCCCCCAGGGUCUCGAGUUCGACCGGCUAUUCACCUUUGCCCAGCUCAAGAGCCCUUUCCCCGUCGACGUGGACUCGGCCGACGAGGAGGGCGCCCAGCAUAAGUGGGAGUUCAUCACGCUGCGCCAGUUUGCGCGCCUGGCUAACGUCACGGUGGAACUGUGGCUGCCUGACGAGAUGAAGCUGCGCAAGCAGUCGCUCAAAUCCCAGGAGACCUUCCUAAUUAUACGUUUCCCCUGGAAGGAGCUCGGGUGGCGCGGGUUCUUCGCCACGGUCGCGGCCAAGCUGACCAAGGGCUGGAGGGCCGAGGCCGAGAUCGAGGUCCUACUGCCAGCGGAUUUCCCGACCAACGGGGAGAUCAAGGAUAGGGGGUACACGUACGAAGACGUGAAGAUCUGGAAGGAUACUACGCGUGCACUUAACAUGGAAAAGGAGAUACCGGAGGAGCUCCGCUUGUACUUAGGGGUGAGCAACAAGAUGACCCUGUUUAGGAUCGACCCGACGCAGCUGCGAGAGGUAUAUAGGUGUGCCCCUCGCAAGGAUGUUGCGGGUUAUCAACCUGUCAUGGGAUUUCAAGACGCUUAUCCUCUUCACCUGAUGAACCUGAACAGUUUCCAGCAAUUCAACUCCGAAGUGCCAAAGGACGCAGAUCUAAAGCAAUUGGACGUGCGCAGGUUCCGACCAAACAUCCUUAAAAAUACAGUCUCCUGCUCUGAAACGUAUGACGAGGAAACUUGGAAGCGAAUCCGGUGCAAGUCGGGCACUUCCGGCCUCUACAAUGACGCCGUCUUUCAAAUCUCGUGUCGCACUGUUCGGUGCAAACUGCCCAAUGUCGACCCGGUCACCGGAAUCCGCCACCCAAUCGAGCCCGACAAGUCCUUGCGAAAGCUGCGCAGUGUGGACGAGGGCGCGCCCUUCAAGGGCUGUUUGGGCAUGCAGGCCACGCCGCUCUUCGAGGAGGGAGCGAGCGAGGAAGAGAUGGAGGGAUGGAUAGGAGUUGGCAUGACGAUAGAAGUGGAGCAGAGGGGCGAGCACGUCUACGUGACAUGAUCGCCGGAAACACGGGCCAGGAGUGGUGUUUACAUCUGAUUUUGGUCAUGUACACCUGGUAUUUACGGACCUGGGGGACCAGACUAAUAGACCAAAGUCGCAUGUUAGAAGGGAUGAUGGCGAUUGAACGUCGCGCAACUAGGUUACAUCGUGUAGGUGCAAAACGCAAA